AUGCAUCUCGUCGCCCAAGCCUUCUCCAUCGCCACCAAUCCCAAGUACGCCCGAUGGCUGUGCCCGCUGCUGCUCAUCGCCGACGCUGUGCUGUGCGGCCUCAUCAUGUGGAAGAUCCCCUACACGGAGAUUGACUGGAAGGCCUACAUGGAGCAGGUGGCUCAGUACCUGGCCGGCGAGCGCGACUACGCCGCCAUCAAAGGCGGCACCGGCCCGCUGGUCUAUCCCGCCGCUCACGUCUACAUCUAUCGCGCGCUGUACGCCCUCACCCACGAGGGUCGCGAGAUCGCCCUGGCCCAGAUUGCCUUCGCUGGCCUGUAUCUCGCCGCCCUGACCAUCGUCAUGGCCUGCUAUAGGCUGGCAAAGGUCCCUCCGUACGUCUUCCCCAUGCUGGUCCUGUCCAAGCGGCUGCACAGCGUCUUCGUGCUGCGCUGCUUCAACGAUGGCUUCGCCGUCUUCUUCUUCUUCACGGCCAUCUACGCCUACCAGCGGCGCAUGUGGACCAUGGGGUCCGUCCUGUACUCGCUAGCCGUGGGCGUCAAGAUGAGCGCGCUGCUCGCGCUGCCGGCCGUGGGCCUGAUCCUGCUACAGGCAAUCGGCAAGGACAGGGCUUUCACUCAAGCGGCCAUCAUUGGCUAUUUGCAGCUGCUCCUCGGCUUCCCCUUCAUCCAAGUCAACGCCAAAAACUACUUCUCGCGCGCCUUCGAGCUCACGCGCAUCUUCCUGUACAAGUGGACGGUCAACUGGCGCUUCGUGUCCGAAGCCACCUUCCUCUCCAAGCCCUUCUCCGUGGGCCUGCUCUCGCUGCACGCCGUGCUACUGACCGCCUUCGCCGUCACGCGCUGGCUCAAGCCGGCGCAGCGGCCGUCGCUCGCCGACAGCAUCUGCAUGGUGUUGCGCGAGCCGCUGGACCAGGUGCACAUCGGGCGGCGCAUCAACCCGCGCUUCGUGCUGACGACGAUGCUGGCGAGCGUGGCGGCGGGCAUGCUGUGCGCGCGCUCGCUGCACUACCAGUUCUACGCGUGGAUCGCGUGGGCGACGCCGUUCCUCGCGUGGCGCGCGGGCCUGCACCCCGUCGCGCAGUACGCGCUGUGGGCGGCGCAGGAGUGGGCGUGGAACGUGUUUCCGUCGACGCCGGCGAGCUCGGCCGUCGUCGUGGGCGCGCUGGCGGCCCAGGUUGCCGGCGUGUGGUGGGGGACGCGCGGCGAGUUCGAGGGCGAGCAGCAGCAUGGGCAUGGGCAUGGGCAUGGGCAUGGGCAUGGGCACCAGCAUCUGCAUGCCGAGUAG